CAGAAAUGUCUCGAGAUUCGUCACAGGAGCCACACCGGCGCUCGCCCAAGCGACGACGGCUGUCAUCACAGGAUAUCAGUACGCCGCAAUACGACGCAGCAGGCGAUCCGCAACUCAACUACGCAUACGAUGAUGAUGUUACCAGCGAUGCAUUCCAUACGCCGAAGCAGGACAGCGAGGAGGAGGGGUUGGACACAAAACCACAACCUGUCGAACGACCACGGAGGUUGAACUAUGUCUUGCAUAUGACUCUGCGAGGCCACAAGCGAGGGGUCGCAGCCGCCAAGUUCUCUCCGGACGGCAAGUGGAUAGCAAGUUGCUCGGCCGACAGCACCAUCAAGAUUUGGAAUGCAGAAACGGGAGCGAUUUUGCAGACGUUGGAGGGGCACAUGGCUGGUAUAUCAACGAUCGCAUGGAGCCCCGAUUCGAAAGUGAUCGCAUCUGGAUCAGACGACAAGAUCAUCCGGCUCUGGGAUAUUACUACUGGCAAAUGCCUUCACCAAUCACUUAUCGGACACCACAACUAUGUUUUUAGCAUAGCGUUCUCGCCGAAGGGCAACAUGCUGGUAUCCGGGUCAUAUGACGAAGCUGUGUUCUUGUGGGAUGUGCGGACAGCACGACUGAUGAGGAGUUUGCCCGCACACUCAGAUCCAGUCAGAAGUGUCGACUUUGUGAGAGACGGUACAUUGAUCGCCUCCUGCUCCAGUGACGGCCUGAUCCGAAUAUGGGACACUGCCACUGGACAAUGCCUGAAGACGCUCAUUCACGAAGAUAAUGCGCCUGUGACCAACAUCAAAUUUUCGCCGAAUGGCAAGUACAUCCUAGCAAGCUCGCUCGACAACUCUGUACGUCUAUGGGACUACGUGACUGGAGACUGCAAGAAAACAUAUCAAGGCCACAAGAACGAGAAGUUCUGCAUGCACGCUGCUUUUGGCACAUAUACUGUAACACCCCUCUCCGAUGCACAAAACGGCGAUGCUGAGGCUGGAACGUAUCGGCACGAACAGAAGUGGCCAUUUGCUAUGAGUGGUAGCGAAGACGGCAAAGCCAUCGUCUGGGACGUCAAUUCCAAGGAGAUCAUGCAAGAAUUGGCUGGCCACGAAGGAGCGGUCCUAGGAGUAGACUGUGCUCCUGACAAAGAGACUAUUAUAACCUGCGGAGUUGACAAGACUAUCAAGGUGUGGAGGCGCCAGGCUCUCGCGCCAGAAUUGCUCACCAACGGACAUGAACCUCACAACGUGCCCGACACACUUGCACUGGAUUCAGCUCCGGCCUCUGCAGCGCCGUCAAGGCCGAAGACUCCUGAUGGAGAUACCGAAAUGGCCUAGGAGGAAGCUAUCUCGAAAUCAUCGGAUAUGAGUUCCGGUGAGGAUGGUCCUCUGGCGACCAGGACAUUGCCGCAGAAGCAGCUUCGCACAGCGCAUAAGGGAAGCGGACGAGAAGUAGUGCAGUCAGCACAUGCGUCCGCUAGUGACGCUCCACUUGAGACUGUGUCGCACGACCGCCAUGUCGUCGUCAAAACUGCAAGAAAGAAAGCAGUGCCCACGCCGCGCUCUCCGCCAGGAUCGUCAUUAUCACCGCGUUUACCCGCAUCUAGCGAAGACCGCUCAAGUAAUACCGACACUGUUAUUGCAACAGGCUGGCGAAGGCUAUCAAAAGCGCCACAAUCCGUGGCAACCAUCGAGCACGAAUCGAGUGACAGCAGCGUUGAUGUCCGAAUGAGAAGGAAGAGGCCCACAAGGGUACCAGUCUCUGGUCACCGUAAUCGUCGUUACCAGCCUUCUCCUCUAUCGGGUGCGUGCAGGAAACCAGCAUCCUCAAAACUGCCCGAUAAAGAAUUUGCGGGCAAUAAUGUGUUCACGUGCGGUGGACGUGACGAUCACUUCGGUGGAGGUCGGCCACUCAGAUAUGGUGAUUGGCCGCGGAGACCAUGGCUUCGAUGAGAAGUAUAGUCUACAGAGUGUAACGGCCAAGCUAACGAAUGACAACCAGUUUACUACUCGAGAAGACAACAAGUCUGAUUCUCACUGUUGAGAAUAUCGUAGAGCUACGGCAGUGAUCAAUGGAUCACGGUAUAAGCACGAGGGGUCAUCGAGUAUCAGACCUCCGCGUCGUAUCAGAUAGAAAUCAAGAGCCCAUUGCGACCUCUUGAGCAGCA